UGGGAAAUGUAUUUGGAAAAUGACCUUAGUCAUUUGACCUGUCUCUCUCGAAUGUGAUGGUGUUUUAAAACGUGAUUUACAGUGCACAAGGAUGUGACCACCCUAGGGCACAUAUUGCCGAGCAUCUACGCCUAGAAAUUUGGUGAUCCCCAGCAAACUAGGCAGUCUUCCCCAAGACCUUCAGACAAGCUGUGUCAAAUCCAAAGAAUCUCAUCAGGAUGGCUGACCAGGGUACUGUGGAGUUCAAGGAGGACAAGGACAUCACCAAAGCCAGACAUGACAUCUUCAUCCAGGAGAUUGAGGGCAUGGAUGACUACUGGGGCUCCACCUUCCGCACCAUCUACACCAAGUCAGAGCAGGACCAGUUCAUGGGCGAGCUCGAGGAGCGCACCAAGGAGCACGACAAGAACAUUGAGCGCAUGUGCAACUUCCACUACCAGGGCUUCAUCGACUCGAUCCGCGAGCUGCUGCAGGUGCGCUCGGAGGCGAGCAAGCUGAAGAACGAGGUGGCUGCUGUCAACCAGGAGCUGACGGACGCCUCGCGCCAGCUGAUGAAGCACGGCGACGGGCUGGCGAAGGCGCGCCGCGUGCAAUCAAACAUCCACGAGGGCAUCGAGGCGCUGCGUGGCUGCCUGCCCGUGCUGGAGACACACGCGCGCCUGCGCAAGCAGAUGGCCGAGAAGCGCUUCUACCCGGCGCUGAAGACGCUGGAGACGCUGGAGCACACGCUGCUUCCCAAGGUGGCCGGCCACAAGUUCGCGCAGGUGAUCGCGGCGCAGGUGCCGGCGGCCCGCGCCGCCAUCCAGGCGGCCUCCAUGUCGGACCUGAAGGACUUCCUGGAGGUGGUGCGCCGCGAGUCGCCGCGCAUCGGCGAGGUGGCCAUCCGGCACGCGGCCGAGCAGUACGGCCCGGAGCCGGCGGCUCCCUCGGCCGCCGCCCAGCGGCGCACGCUCCUCUUCCUCGGCGAGGACGGCCUGGCGCCGCAGCAGCUGUACGGCGAGCCGGCGCCCGGCGGCGAGGAGGACGACGACCGCGCUGCCCAGGAGCUGGUCAACUUCUCGCCCGUCUACCGCUGCCUGCACAUCUUCACGGCGCUGGGCGCCAAGGAGACGUUCCGCGCUUACUACGUGAAGCAGCGCCAGAAGCAGGCCGGUUUGGCGCUGCAGGCGCCGGCCAACACGCACGAGUCGCUGGCCAGUGUGCGCGACUACCUGCACGGCAUCGCCGGUUUCUUUGUGGUGGAGGACCACGUGCUGAACACGACGGCGGGCCUGGUGAUGCGGGCUGACCUGGACCAGCUGUGGACGUCGGCGCUGGCGCAGGUGACGGCAGCGCUGCAGAGCCACUCGGCCUGCUGCACUGAGCCCAGCCUGCUGCUCACCUUCAAGGAGCUGAUCCUGGUGUUCAGUCACACGCUGCGCAACUACGGCUUCGUCGUGCAGCCGCUGCACGAGCUGCUGCUGGAGAUCCGCGACCACUACAGCGAGGUGCUGAUGCAGCGCUGGGUGCAGGUGUUCCGCGACAUCUUCGAGCGCGACAACUACCACCCGGUGCAGGUGGACUCGGAGCAGGAGUACGAGCAGAUCACGCAGGUGUUCCCCUACGUCAGCGAGCAGCUGGAGAAGGCGCCGUUCCCGCGCCGCUUCCCCUUCUCGCUGAUGGUGCCCAAGGUGUACUCGCAGGUGAAGGAGUUCAUCCACUCGUGCCUGCGCUUCUCCGAGGGCCUGAACCUGAGCCAGAGCGAGCGCGACGACAUGGUGCGCCGCUCCACCAACGUGCUGCUGACGCGCACGCUGUCGGGCUGCCUGACCACGCUGAUCCGCACGCCGGGCCUCGGCCUGCUGCAGCUCAUCCAGAUCACCAUCAACACCAUCUACCUGGAGCAGGCCAGCGUCUUCCUGGAGGACGUCAUCACCAAGCUGACUGGCUACAACCCGAAGCAGGAGGGCGGCGUACACUCGCGCCUGCUGGGCCGCUCCAUGUUCAAGGACGUGCGCGCCGAGACCGAGCAGCAGAUCUACAUGCAGCUGCAGACCAAGAUCGACGAGUUCCUCGGCCUGGCCGCCUAUGACUGGCUGCUGGCCGAGUCGGACGGCACGGCCAGCGCCUACCUGGUCGACCUCAUCUACUUCCUCAACUCCACCUUCACGGCCUUCACCAACCUGCCGCGCAAGGUGGCGCAGACGGCCUGCAUGAGCGCGUGCCAGCACGUGGCGCGCGCGCUGUUGGCGCUGCUGCUCGGCGAGGAGGUGAAGCAGGUGUCGACCGGCGCGCUGCAGCAGCUCAACCUGGACGUCAUCCAGUGCGAGCAGUUCGCCGCCUCGGAGCCGGUGGCCGGCUUCGAGGAGGGCGCCCUGCAAAUGUGCUUCGCCGACCUGCGCCAGCUGCUGGACCUCGUGCUGGACUGGGACUGGGCCGCCUACUUCCAGGAGUACGGCGCGCCCGACGGCCGCUACGCUCGCGUCAGUCCGGCGCGCGCUGCCGUCGUCGUCGAGAAGCUGCGCGAGGCGGACAAGAGGAACAUGUUCUCCGUGCUCAAGCGCGCGGAACGCGACCGCAAGAAGCUGCAGGAGACGGUGCUCAAACAGCUGCGCCAGCUCACCGGAAAGGAGGUGUGACGUCGCGGUGAGUGAGUGACGUCAUGUCGGAGCGUUGUGACUUCACAUCAUUGGGCGUGACGGCGCGGAGAAGUGGUGCGUCGGGUUUGAUGUGUCACAGCAAUCAACGUGAAGCGUGGUCGUGCUGCAGGGACGAAGGCAGCUGAUUGGCGGCGGUUCUGACGUCAUGGCGGUGAUUGGGUGUGACGUCACGUCUGCACGGCGAUGGCAGAGUGGUCACGCGGCGGGGGCGUGUAGAACGUCGUCAAGAGUCAAGUGGCUGCUCUCGCCGCCCAGUGCAGCUAUUAAUGGAUCGGUGCGAUUGAAGACUAGAUGGUGGGCGUUUGUCCUUUAAGCAUCGCAUUCCGAGCGGUACACCGUUGGUCAUGUUUGGAUUGUGUUGGGUUGAUCGGAGGAGCUUGUUAAGAAUUUCGCGCGUUUGUAGCAGAGCGUGACUUACCUCUAUGAUGCCCUCCUUCUACAUAUCGAGGUGAUGGGACUGCCUUAGCAAGCAUUGUGUUUAUGAGAGUUAUGUUAUUUUUCUUGCCUCAUGUUUAUCGCACCGGAAGACGCAGAUUCGUAUUCGAGUGUGGUUUGGUAUGCCCUGGCGUGUCUAGCCCCAUUACUAGAGGUGGCGUCUUAUACAUUCCAUGGUGCGCCCAUGCCUGGCAUGGAACGUAAUAUCAAGUGCGAAUGUCCAGAUCGCUGUUACGAAAUACGCGGCGUGUUUGCGCUGGUUGUGCUUCCUUGUGGACAAAGUUGGAACUGCGAGUACAAGUGUUAAGUCGUCGGCCGUCCAAUGGAUGACGUGGGGGUAUUGCGGGCAGCAAAUGUGACCUUGCUACUUAGUCUUCCGUGCCAGCCUUUUUACUGGCGUUGGUAAUCUGUGCCUUACAAGGUGCCUGAAGAUGCUUUUUAUGUGUAACUUUGCUAUCCAUUUUACACGGUUGUGCUGUUUUUGAUCGCCGUUUGUAUUUUCUGGCGAUGUGAAACAUUGUUCAUUGUUGUACGCCUUAUUCACCCUUAUACCGUAGGGAAACAAUACAUUUACAGUACUAUAUUA